AUGAAGCCUGAUGUCCCUCCCUCAUACGAGAACGCAAUCAGCCGCGAGGCAUGGCCGAUCAUCGCUCCCUACAUACCCUCGAGUGACCUCUGUUCGGCCUGUCUGGUGUCGCGGAAAUGGUACUCGAUAUUUGUACCCUUUCUCUGGGGUGAUCCCGCAUCCCACUUCGGCAUCGCCAACGAUGCCGUCUACGUCGCGCUCACGCGCUUCAAGAGGACCCUCCGCAAGGCCAGGCCGAGUGUGAGAAGCCUAACGCAUACUCUGCACCUACCGCCCGCCCUCAGUGAAAUCUACGGGGGCCCAAAUCCGACGUGGUUGCGCGAUGUCCUCGAAUACCUGCCUAAUUUGCAGAGCCUGAUUGUCGCGAAACUACCCUUCUUCGACCACCAUAGUCUCAAUGCGUUGAGAGUUGCAAGCAAUGGGAGGAAACAGUCCGCAGCAGAAGAUGACGAGCUGCCUCCGUACGGGUUGAAACUGCUGCUGGCUUCGAGUGAGCCGAACACCACAUCGUCAGCGCUGGCGGGCGCCUUACCGAGGUUCCAAAGCCUGGUCUACCUAGACCUAUCAUACACUUCCCCGGCUAGGGAUGCGGCCGUCCUGGCUUCGCUGUUGUGGCUGCGAGACUUGCAGGUCCUGAAGCUGAGAGGUGUUGGUCUAAAGGAUGGCGAGGCGGAAGUGCUGGCCAAUGCCAUCGGCAUCAAGGUCCGACUACUGGACAUCAGAGAUAACCUGUUGACCGAUAUGGCUGUUCGAUCUCUAAUGCAGGCUUGCUUUCUUCCAUCAGACACCUCGAACCGUGGCAAUCUAAACCUCGAAGAUUGGCCUGUAGGCAUGGCGCCAGGUCCUAACUUCUUCAGUCUGGACACCUUGCGCAGCGAAGAACUUGACCAUGAAUUACUGAAACAGUUGACCAAGCCUCUCACUGGGAGAUUGGCAUUUGAAGACAUCCCCCACCGCGGCCUUACGCAUCUAUACAUUUCGGGUAAUCGGUUAUCCGUCGAAGGACUGGCUAGUCUGCUCAAGUCGGAACGACUGCACGUUCUUGAUGGUGGUUCCGUUGAUACUGUCAAAACCAUUGCAAGGACGAAGUCACUCUCUUCGCCUACAGGGUAUAUCGAUGAAGUUCGAUUUCCGGGCGCCGAGAAACUUGUACCAGUGCUCGCGAAGUCGGCGAGCAAAAACCUCACACACCUCCGCGUGGACCACGCCUUGGUUACUGCGAAACUAGAGGGCCCUCAUGACUCCAUUAAGACCAAAGCGUCUUCAGCUGUCUCGGCCGAAUCGGCCACGUCUCAACCAGUUACCGCUGAAUUGUCGUCGGAGGAAAGGCACAUCGCCGAAGCUCCUGCGUCAGCUCAUUAUGCAGUCGAGUUACCUGACAGCCAGGCAAUUUUCGAAUUGGACGCCACCCCAGCACAGCCAAGAGUAGAGCUGGUAGGUGAUAUGAUGUACUUUGCCUUGAGCCCUCCCAUCGGCGAAAAACCGCAGGAGUCCAGCCCCGUUGUGGAGAAGCACAGUCCGAUCAGAGGUGAAGGUCCUUUCGCACCCGAAGUGGUCAACGAACACGAUUCCAAGAAGGAGAACAGUGCCGAAGACCAUGGAAAUGCAACAGAGUCUGAAAUAUCUGACGAGACUGGGACGCACAGCACGACCAGGUCUCUCUUUUCGCCUGUUUCUCCCAUCAGCAAUCAAGGAACUUAUCAACCAUUAGUGCCUCCGACAGCAAAAGCAAAGAGCACUCCUACUACUCUUCCUCUUGUAAAAGAGUCAUCCGAUUCGAUAUCCGAAACCCCAGUCGCGCAGCCAGAUGCAACGUUGGCUCCCCCACCAACCCCGACAUCACAUCGUCAAGCUCAGAUUGAAGCUCUUCUGGCAAAAAGGCCGGUGCAACCGUCUAAGCUUCAACAAGGAUUGAAGGUGGACCAAACAGCGUUCUCAAACCUGCGCAGUCUCCAUCCGUCCCUGCUCCCAAAUCUACGAACACUGAUACUGACUGAAGUGCCUACCACAACGUCGAAAUCCUCGGGUGUUUUGGAGAACCUGAAGUCAUUCAUUUCCGCUUGCGCUGAUGAGUCUGCCCUGGCUCGUCUCCUCGCACGUACCGAUUACUCCCUUCCGCCUGGCCGAGCGCGGUAUAUGGCUGAGCUUGAACAAGCGCGUGCCCUCUUCGCCUUGCGUACGAUCAUCCUAGAGAUGGAGCAACCAGCAGCCAAGAAUGCCGAUGCCCAACGCCGCUGGCAACACUCUCGUCAGGACGUCACCAUGAGUAAGUCGUCCACUGGUGACAUGGACAGUGAGAACCUCUGGUCAGCUGCAGCCAAUGACUUCAGCUUCUUCGGAGAGGAGGGAGAAGAACAUGAUGAGUGUGGAAUAUACGAGCAUGAUCCAGAAAAAUAUUUCCCAACAGCGCAUUUCGAUGAUAAAAUUAUCUUGACUGCCGAUGACGGGCACGACGACGUUCGACCGAACAGUCCACAUGGCAGUCUCAACCAGGGUUGGGGGACUGGUAGCGGGACGCUAUCACCUUUCUCGAUGAACCUUGGUGGACGAUCAGCUGGGACGAUACGAAGCCCAAGGAAUCUGCCGCUGGGAAGGAACCGGCGAAGUUCAAACGAGACCCGUUCUCGACCACAUAGUGGUUCCGGCAGUGGAACUUGGGAUCCUCGCGGAAUGCUGUCAGAGAUGCAAGGAGGGCCUGUUCCUCCAAAACUUUUGAAUGAACAUAGUCAACCUGCACAACGUCGGAUAGCCCCAACAACUUCGCAUCCCAAACAAGUCGAGCAGGACAAUGAGCCGGAGGAGGAGAAAGUGGAUGUUAUCGCGGAGCUAGCUGCAUGGAGACGGGAGCGGAAGAAAGCGUACGAGGAGGAGUUGGCCAGGCAUAAGUCGUCAAGGCUCGGACACAGUCGAGGGCCGAGUCAAAACGGGCUCACUCACGUCAAUGGAGCCAGCACCAACACUCGAUUGGAUUCAACAGAUGGGCCCCGGGGGUAUGGGUAUGGCUUCGAUCCGGGGGCCGUUAAUGCUGCGACAGGAGCAGGCAACCUCCCGAUGUCGAAUGGAUCGGCCACUCCAAAGGCUAUCACACAUGGUGAUGUUAAUGAUAUUGACAUGAAAUUCGUCGAAGGUCAUUGGAAAGGCGAGAUCAAGGUCAUCCGGAAUCCGACUCCGAAAGGGAGAACGGGUGUCGUCGACAUGUACGGGAACUAUUUUGAGAAGGGUUAUUUGUAUCCCUGA